AUGUUCGUAUGGGUUUUAUAUUGGAGUCUAGUAUCCGUAGUAUGUUUCGCGGAUAACAAGCCACCAGACAAUACCGAUAAAAUUUAUCGAAUUAACGGGAAUUCGAUCGACUUCCCUUGUGAAUCUACGAAGAACAUUUUCAUCACUACCGAACGAUACAAACCAAGCAACAUCAUCCCGUUGCGGUUCCAGAUUGAUCACAAGCGUGAUCGUGCACUAUGUGUGUUACCUCGAUUACGAACUGGCAUUCCAGUUACGCUAGGAGUGAUUGAUCUAAAACGUGUGUCUUGUUACGCACACAUCAAACCGUACCCAUGUUGGGAUUAUCAGGAAGAGGGCAACUGCAAUUCCCUCCAGUCGGUCGUCGAUGCGUUCAUCGAUAUCAGACAAAACAUCUGGAUAUUGGAUACCGGUAUUACGAAUUAUUUGCAACAGCCUAUUAAACGAUGUUCGCCCAAGGUCGUAGCAUUCUCUCUCGAUAACGACAAAACCGUUAAGACCGUCGACUUGAGCGAAAUAGUGAAGCCAGCAUCUAGACUACAGUACAUCGUGGUAGACUACUCUUCGAGUGGAUCCCCUUACGUGUACAUAUCGGAUGCCGAGGGUGCGAUUAUAGUGCUGGAUAUUCAAAAUGGCAAGAGUUACCGUGUUGUAUUACCACGUGCCGUAUCAACAGGCUGUGGGGAGACGGACGUACUCUACCUGGUACUAGCGCGAAGGCCAAAGAAUCAAAACACCAUAAUCUUUUCGUACCUCUGCGGUCAGAAAGUUUACGCGAUCAAGUCGGAACAUCUUCGGACGGGUCGCGGAUCAAGUGCCAUCGUGGAACUUGGGAGCAAACAGAAGCACUCGGUACUACUUGGAACGGAUGGAGGUAAAAACGUAGUGUUACGAUACAGAGGCGAAAGUGAACUGUAUUUGUGGGACACGGAUCAAGCCUACAGGGAGUGCAACUUUGUGCUGGUGCAGAAUCCGGAAGAGUGUCGGCUGAGUACACAUGUCGCACCUGGAGGAAGAGACGAAUUGCUGUAUUCACUGUCGUCCAACAUUGCAGACUAUCUGAAUAACACAAGUGGAGCCGGAGGAGCUUCAGCUCGAUUAAAAUUCAUUAGCAAGGAUUGUGAUGACGAUUGCUAUUGA